AUGCAGGCCCCGAUGGACAAGCAGACGUCGAGGCGUCUCGUCAAGGUGACUAACUACGCGCUGGUGCAAGUGCUCAAGGCCACAGUCAUGCGCUUGCGUAAGGUUGAAAUGGAGCUGGGCGACCUGGAGCUGGCGCUCGAGGACGAGCAAGAGGAGGUAGAGUCUUACAGCGACGACAUCGACGACUGCCACGACCGCAUCGAGGACAUUAACGAGUUCGUGCGGGAGCUCGAGGGCGGUACCGUGCGCACGGUGAGCGACGUGGCAGCAGCGCUCUUGGAGAUGUCCGAGGAGCGCAACGAAGAGCAGAAGCUGUUGAGGGUGCUGGGCGAUGCGCGCGCGAGUCACGAGCAUCAGUUCGAGCAGCUUCACUGUCGAUCGGUCGCGCUCGAGCAAGAGCGUCUGCUGCUGGUCAAAACCCGAUACGAGAUCUGCUCCCUCUUUCGUCGCAAUGGCGUCUUCGACCUCGUGCGGCGGCGAUUGGCUGUGCUCGACCCUAAGCUGCUGUAG